AAACCCAAUUAUUUAGGCUUUCCGACCACUGCCGUCACUUAAGACAACCAAACAACUCGGUCGCUCCGCCAGAGAACUCUAGGUGCCGGACUUAUUCAACCGAAAUAUUGACCCUCGCCAAUAACAGUCGAUAAUCCACUUAUUUACACUGAGCGAGGGCUGCCGGGCUUAUUCACACUCAGCGAGCCUGGAGAGUAGUAGGCUGACCGUUAAUUUGGCCAAGCCUGGAGAGCGGAAAACGGAGAUCCGAUCAAGUUUCCAACCAUAUUUACAAGUAACAGCAAUAUAACAUGUCUCAAGAGCUCGAAACGAAACCAACAUUAGUGGAGUCUGCUGCAGGGGUGCCGAAAACGACGUCCACUGCCGAUCCCAGGGACGCCGUGUGGUUGCAACGCCGGAAGUUAUCCCGGCGUCGCAACAAGAAGGGCUUCAAUGACCUCGAUAUUGAGGAAAUCGAAGGGGCUCUUGAACUAGGGUUUGAGCUGGAUUCACCUGAUGUGGAUCCCAAGCUGUUCAAAGUCUUCCCAGCAUUGGAAUUUUACCGAAGUGUGACUACUAAUUCUUGUAACAAAUUCUUUAAUGUUGAUGAUCCAGAGGAAAUGAAAGUAAGGUUGAGGCAGUGGGCGAAAGUGGUGGAAUGCAGCGUCCGCCAUCCACCAAGUACUCCACCCAAGCCAGUGAUGAUCGAUGAAGUUGAUUAAAAAUGAGAAGAGGGGAUUCUGUUGCUGUUUUUGAAGGAUUGG